AUGUUGUUCUUAACUCUGCCAUGUUGUUCUGCACUUCAUGCUGAAAAUUCUUUGCAUCUCAGAAUUGCUGGAGUGGGAAUACUAAUCUUUGAUUCUACAGAUGCCAUAGAGUUGCUGGAAGCUCUUAAUUUGUGCAAGGAGUUAAAGUUAAAUGACAUCACGGAUGAUCUUCCAUAUCAGGAUGCCUUGCAGAAUUUCAUAGAUACUGUUUGUCAGAAACUUGGAAAUCCUUACGAGUUCAGUUGUCCUUGUGUUGAUUGUAAAAACCUUGCUUUGCCACUUCCUCCAAAAAGAGUGUAUUUUCACUUGCUGAAACGAGGUAUGGAUCCUACAUACACUGAGUGGGUUUUUCACGGGGAGACGAAUGUCACUUCUAAUAAUGUUAUCCAAGAGGGACCAACAAGGGGUUCAUAUCAGACUGAUGUUGAAGGUGAUUCACAUAUCGAUCAGGGACAUGAAACUAGGCAAGAUGAGGGAUUGGACAACCAGGAGGAAGAGGGGGACACACCGUUAUAUCCUAAUUGUAACACACACACAAAGUUAUCUAUCAUUGUUGAAUUUUAUAGGCACAAGACAGUAAAUGGUUUAUCUAGGAAAUAUUUUGACGAACUUCUCAAGACAAUUGGUUCCUUGUUGCCGCCAGGUCAUUGCCUUCCUUGCUCAACAUAUGAAGUGAAGAAGCUGCUGAAAUCUUAUCAAUUGACUUACGAGAAAAUACAUGCUUGUGUGAAUGAUUGUUUUCUGUUUAGAAAAGACUUGCAAGAUGCAGAAGAAUGUCAUAAAUGUCAUUAUUCUAGGUGGAAGGAAGACACAUCUAACAUGGACGAUGCUGACAUGAUAGACAAGCCCAAAAAGAAGAUACCGGUGAAGGUCCUUAGAUACUUCCCCAUUGUGUCGAGAUUGAAGAGAUUGUAUCAAUCAGCAGAGCUGGCUGAGCAGUUGAUAUGGCACGCGACGAACAAGAGUAAAGAUGGGAAGAUGCGUCAUCCAGCAGAUUCUUUGGCUUGGAAGCACAUAGAUAGAAAGUUUCUCGAGUUUGCUUCAGAUUCGCGUAAUUUGCGUCUUGGGCUUGCUGCUGAUGGAUUUAAUCCAUUUCGCGAUCUUUCCCCAACCCACAGUUGUUGUCCGGUGAUGAUCGUGGUUUAUAAUUUGCCCCCUCAGUUGUGUAUGCAAGGCGAAAACAUAAUUCUGAGCAUGUUGAUUCCAGGAAAAAAACAACCGGGUAAUGACAUCGAUGUAUACUUGCAGCCCUUGAUUAAUGAUCUGAUUGAGUUGUGGGAGAAUGACGUGCAGGUAUAUGAUUCGUUUACUAAAACAGAAUUUAACUUGAAAUCAUUAUUAAUGUGGACAAUAAACGAUUUACCUGCAUAUGGUAAUCUAUCUGGAUGUACAUAUAAAGGGAAGGCAGCUUCCCCUCUUUGCGGUGAAAAUACACUUUCAAACUGGUUGUCAGUUAGUCGUAAAACUGUUUACUUGAAUCAUAGGAGAUUUCUUCGUCAUAAUCAUCCUCUUCGGCAGAAAAAAGUCUGGGUUAAUGGGGAGGUUGAGAAAAAGGAAAAGCCACUUGUUAUGUCUGGUGCUGCCGCACUUGAAUGUCAGAGUAGUAUUGUUAAUGACUUUGGGAAAGCGGAGAAGAACGGGGAGGAGAUAAGAAAAAAGAAAGAGGAAAAGAAGAAGAAUAAAAAGAGUAAGGGGCAGAGUAGUGUGGCAACAGGUGCUAAUGUGGGUAAUUCUAAGUGUGGGAAGCGGAAAAGGGCUGUUGUUACUGAUGCGGCUAGUUCUGGUACACCUGAUGAUGAAACUGAGCUUCGGGUGUUUAACAAACGAUCAAUAUUCUUCGACUUAGCUUACUGGAAGGUUGAUAUGUCAUUAGAACUUUCACAUAUUGAGAAAAGUGCUUAUUAG